AUGCAAAACAGACCUCGAACAACACUUUCAAGUGACAACCAAGUGUCAAGCUCCAAAGCUCGAACCAUGGCACAGUCAAAUAACGGUAAUUCUGCUUUUCAGAACCAUGAUAACAACUUGCAACAACCAGACAUCAAUUCGGUGCAUUCACCAUCUCCAUCUCAAUCUUAUAGAGCACCAAACCCUACAGAGUCAAGUCCUCCUCAUUCUUCAUCACACCGACCCCUGGAUUCCGCAGCGCAGCCUCGUCCGUCGAUGCCAUCGUUUAAUUCGCACGAGUCAAAUGGAUCAAACCCUCAAAGUUAUGAUGAGCUGAUAUCGCAACUAAACAAUACCCAAUCAAACAUUGAUUUGAAAACUAUUGGUAAGCAUUUGGUUAGCCCUGAAGAGAGUUUGAAGCAACCAGGUGGAGACAUUACAAGGAGGAUAUACCACCAAAUGGAGAAUGUGGCUGAUGAUUCGCACCCAAAUGGUAUCAAUAUUCACAACCCAAAAAGACGCACCCGAAGUACUUCGUUUCUGCAGUAUUUGGAUGAAACUAGACGUGGAUCAACUGCAAGCGAUAUAAAUGUGCCUGGAGGGUUCAGAAGAGAAUUUAUCAUUCAAAACUCGCUAAAGAAGAACCAGGAACCACCUAAUUUCUUGACUCAAAAUUUUAUGGAGUUUUUAAGCAUGUAUGGACACUAUGCUGGAGAAGACUUUACCGACGAUGAAGACGGUAAAGACGGUGAUGAUGAUGAUGAUGAUGAUGAUGAUAAUGAUGAAACUGAACAGAUGGAUAGGGGCACUGAUGCGUCGCGAGAUUCAAGUUCAAAUUAUGAAGAUGUGUUUGAUGAGGAGUCAAGCUUGUUGGGGAAUCAAAGACGCUAUGGAGCAGCAACGCAUCAAAUGCCUAAGCAAUUGCCUAAAAGGCGUAAACAACCAAAAGGCACGGCAUCCGUGGCCAAGACUUUCUUUUUGGUAUUUAAAGCACUUGUUGGAUCCGGAGUGUUGUUUUUACCGCGGGCUUUCUAUAAUGGUGGUUUGUCCUUCUCCAUUGUCACAUUGAGCACAUUUGGAUUACUCACUUAUUUUUGCUAUGUUGUUCUCAUUCAAUCGAAAGAGAUUUUAAAGUUGGCGUCAUAUGGAGAAUUGGGAUACAAAACGUAUGGCAAACCAAUGAGGUACGCCAUCUUGGUGUCUAUUGUGCUAAGCCAGGUUGGAUUUGUGGCCACUUAUAUCUUGUUCACAUCCGAAAACUUGAUUGCGUUUCUAGGGUAUUGGACGGAUCAACCAAAAUGGCUAACCCGUGCCAAUGCCGUUGUCGUGCAAUGUUUAUUGUUGAUCCCCUUGGUUUGGAUUAGGAAUUUGACCAAGUUAUCAUUGGUCUCGCUUGUCUCCUCGGUCUUUAUUGUCAUUGGACUAUUCAUCAUCUUUUGGUUCACUGGCUGGAAGAUUUAUCUCGACGGUGUUGGACCAAACAUUGCCAAUUUCAAUUCCAAUAGUUGGACAAUGUUGAUCGGGGUUGCUGUUACUUCUUUUGAAGGAAUUGGGUUGAUCCUCCCGAUUGAAGCAUCAAUGGCACAACCAGAAAAAUUCCCCAUGGUCUUGUCAGUUAGUAUGUUUGUUAUCACGGCGAUUUUUGUUUCCAUUGGGGCCGUGGGUUAUACUGCAUUUGGUGAUAAAAUCAAGUCAAUUAUAAUAUUGAAUUUACCCCAGAGCAAUGUUGCUGUACAGUCGAUUUUGGUAUUGUACUCAGUGGCAGUUUUCUUGUCGGGCCCAUUGCAGUUGUUCCCGGCAAUCAAAAUAGGUGAAUCUUUGCUAUUUCGACAUAAGGGGAAAUCAGGGUCAAAAGACAAGGAUGGGAAAUUGUACCACCAUUCGGGCAAAUACAAUCCACAAGUCAAAUGGUUAAAGAAUAUAUUCCGUUCUGUCGCGGUUGUUGCUGUCUGCUUCAUUGCUUACUUGAACGCUGAUAACAUUGACAAGUUUGUGUCGUUCAAUGGAUGUUUUGCAUCAUCCCCAAUUGUUUUGGUUUCUUCACCAACAAUGCCAGCAGAAAAGAAGCGGAAAGUGGAUGUCAAGAAGGAAAGCACUUCAGAGGAGACCAACACAUCUUCCCCAACCUCCACCGAAACAGUGCCAACACCACGCAAGAAAUUAAGCUGCCAGCGCUGUCGUUCACGCAAGAUUAAAUGCGAUGGAAACAGUCCUUGUCUGGCAUGUCUCAAAUCUUCUUCCGAGUGUGCUCCAACUGUUCGUGAUUUACGAAAGAAACGUAUUCCGCUCACAUAUGUCCAGAAACUAGAGACCCAAGUGGCUGACGUCAAGAAAUUUAUCUCCGAUUUAAAGUCAUUGGAAAUAGGAAAGCAGCUUGAAAAAUUGAAGGAGACUGACUUGGUUGAUUUGAUAAAGGAUUUUCCGGAACCACCUGCUUCCCCCAGGGUCCCUGGUCAAGAUUUGCAUGAGGAUGUAGAGGAAAAUAAAGUCAUUUAUGGUCCAACAUCAGUUUAUGAUAACCACAUCGUUGACGGUAGCGAGCGUACACCAAAAAGAGAGAAUGAGGUUGCCAUAAUCAACAAAUUGAACAAAGAUCCAGACAUUAUCAAAUGUAUUCAACUAUUCUUUACCUGGCAGUAUCCUGACCACAAUAUGUUUAUCUUUCGUGAGGCUUUCUUGAUUGACUUUUUUGAUCCGAAACCCACAAGCAUAUACUGUUCAAAGACAUUGAUUUUAAGUGUUUGUGCUCUUGGAGCAAGGAUGUCCGAUGAAGAUAGAAUCUACCGUCGAUCAAAGCAAUUUUAUCAAGAGCUGAAGUCGAUCUUGCUUAGCACACUUAGUCAGCCGUCGAUAGCGUCGCUCCAAAGCUUUAUGGUGCUCGCAUUCUUUGAUAUUUGUAACGGUCUGAACUCAAGUGGGUGGAUGCUUCUGGGUAAUGCAAUGAGGAUGGGGUUCGAUAUCGGAUUCCAAUUGGACCCAAAAGUAUGGUUUGUCAAACUCAAGGAAAGUUUGAACCCAUUGGAUGUUGAGAUUAGAUCACGAAUAUAUUGGGGGUGCUACAUGGCUGAUCACUUCAUCAGCUUGGUCUUGGGUCGACCUUCAAUCUUGAAAAUGGCUGAUUCUUCAAUCCCAGAAACUGCUGAUUUGCCUGAUUUGGAAUGGAUUGAGAAUUUUACUUAUGAUGGAUAUAUCAGAAAGAAAAGAGGUAUAGCUGCAUCCAAAUCCCCAACGGUUUCAUACAUUGGCGACCCAUUGAAUCAAAUAAUCAACUUGAUAAACAUUUCUGAUAACAUGUUGAAUGAUAUUUUUACAAAGUCGGAUGUUGAAAAUGAUCAAACUAAUGAUGAAGAAUUGGAUUUGGCAUCGAGAUUGGACAAGUUAUUUGCGUAUAAUGCUCAAAUCAUGCAGUGGAAGCAGAACCUACCACUGGAUCUACAAUGGGAUAAGGAUUCAUUGGCGAGUAGCGGAGAAAAUCCUACAUAUUCAGGUAUCCGUUACUACUAUUACAUAUUACUACUUUGCUUAAAUCGACCGUUUGUUGGUCUUGAAUCUGAAAAGCUUACCGAUAACCAACUAUCUCCAUUGACUAUAUGUCUAAACGUUAUUGAAGAUCUUUAUGUGUCGAUUCAGCGAUUUGAACAGUUCCAUGGAUACAGGCGAGCAUCAAUUUUCAUUGUUUACUCAUCAAUCUUGUCAAUCUCUAUAAUAUUGUUGACCAAUUCGAGUUUAGCUCUGGUCAACAAGCACGGAGAACGAUUGCAAUUUUUCAUGUCGGUUUUGCAUGGGGCAUCGAAGACUUGGAAGCUAGCCGAAAGGUCAUACAACCUCAUCAAGAAGAAAUUGAAACAUCGAUAUCCCACUACUUCCGCCACCACCACUGACUCAAAGAACCCCACAACUGCAACAACAACUGCAACAACAACUGCAACAACAACUGCAACAACUGCAGCAACAACUGCAACAACUGCAACAAAAGCAACAAAAGCAACAACAACUGCAGCAACAGCAACGACAUCUGAUGGAGAUGCAACAACUACUGACAGUAGAAACAACGAAUCGUCAGUUCCUAUAGUCAGGGAAAUUCCACUGCUCAAGGAAUCGCCCAUGUCUAGUGUUGAUUCGCUGAAUUUUGGCAAUACUGAUGUGUUGCUCGAUGACAACAUUGAUUUCCUUGGUGGUCCUCCAGUUCUUAUGACAUCUGACUUAUUUAAUGAAGAUUGGGAAGCACUAUUCCCAGAUUACAUAUUCCAUAGUAAGAAUUAG